AUUAAAUCAUCAAUGCAAGUCUAAUAUGGGGUAGUACCACAAGCAGUAGGGAAUGCUAUUGGAAAUGCAAUUGUAGGAUAACUCUAAUAAUAUGGAGCUUAAUUUUUCACUGCAGAUGUAAACUAAAAAUCUUAAAUUAGCCAUUUGCCGGAGUAAACUUCAUGCUUGUUGAUUAAAAACCAGAGUAAAUUAAUCCAUAUAAUUUUUAGUUGUGUAGAAUGUAUAUGCCCAUGCAUUGGAGAAAAGAAAAACAGUUAUCAAAUUUCAGUCUCUGAAUAAACGGGUCUCCUUGCAAAUACGCAGAUUGGAGUUAUAAAUGAGGAAUCCGAAUGUCCUUAAAGGUUCUUUUGUUAAUGUUGGAGAGCUUUAGAUCUAUUAUUUAUCAACACUUAAAACCAGGUCUUAUUCAAAGCGCAUAGUAAUUAAACCUUUUAUAAUUUAGGAAUUUAUAAAGUUCCUUCAGUUUUAUGUAUGCCAUGCGAAAGACCAGAAUUAGUUGUAUCUCGUGAUUCUGAGGUGAUUGGAUAUUUAAAAUAACCCUUUAUGUGUUGUGGAAGAUCAGAGUAACAUAUAAGAUCUAAUUUAAGAUGUCCAUUACCAAUCCUUGAAGAAAUUGAUAUUUGUGAUCCAUCUGGCAAUACUAAAUUUUUUAUAUCUGGAGAAUUUGUAUAGUGUGGUUGUAUUACGAGAAUGUGUGUUAUACCUAGAUGUACAGGACCUUGUUAAUUUAUUGACUAUGACAUUUAUAAUCCUAUGAAAUAGAAAGUUGGAAGAAUUAGAAAUAUUUUUAAUGGCUGUGCUUAAGAAUAUUGCAGCAAAGCUGAUAAAUUUUUAAUCGAAUUUCCUCCAUAGUGUACUUCUUAAGACAAAUGUUUGAUUAUUUUUGCUGCAAUCACAAUUGAUUAUGAUAAUUUUGAAUAUACAUUCUGCAAUUUGCCUUGA